GAAUACCCCCCUAGGUUUUCUCUCGCAAGGACUUGUUAGCGAUCCUCUAUAUUUCCCGGAAGGCGAAGCGCACAUCCAAAUUUAGUAUUUUGUUUUUCAACAUAAGAACUGAGGCUGAGCUUUUUUCCUUUAGUUACGAUACAGAGAGAUGAUAGAGUAAUAUAAAAAUCGGCUUUACCACCUCCACCUUAUAGCCUUCCUAUUUCUUACUCUACGAAGAUGUUUAGUCGUUUGUUCAAAAGAGGCUCGUCGAGUGCUAGUGGCACUUCUAUUGCUGAUGUUCCAAACAACGAAAAUGAAGUUGUUGCCACCUCUGAGGGUACUGGACACGUUCCCGCUAACGCUGAAGCAGGAACGAAAAAGGGAGCGUCGUCUUCCAAAAAGAGAAGCGGUAAGAAAAAGGAGGCAGCUUCUCCAGAAAGAGGUGGAGAUGUGGAGAAGAAAGAGAAGAGAGACGAGAACGGCGAGAAAGAUGCUCCUGCGCCGGAUCUUCAAGAUGAAGAGAAUUCCUCUCCAGGUAGUGAAGAAUCCAGAGAUGACCACGAUGAAUUUGACGAAAAUGCGGAACUUGCUGUCCUAGACCCAGAGGAACUGGCUAGACGACAGAUUGAGGCUAAAAUUCGAGAGGCAACGCCAGAGGAGCCUACAAGAUCGACCAGGUUGCAGAACAAGAUUUUCGACGACUCGAAUCGGUUCGUAGAGUUCGAAGUUGGAGAUAAAAUCCGCUUUUUCAAAGCUUUCAAGCAUAACGAGAAAACGCAAGCCCGCGAAGACUUGCCUAAAUUUCACCGAUUGCAGUCGAAGGUGGCGAUGGGCAAAUACAUUGGCGGAGAGGUCGUGGACGUUGAUGAACUCACGGUGCGCAUUAGUCUGGGUGAUGGUGGAAAUGAGCGAUGGAUUCCGCGAAAUUCAGUUCUUCUUUUGCCCAAAGCGGUGAAAAUCCCGGAUAUCAUGGCUUCAGCCUAUCGGGGGCAAGCGCACCAAGGAGAAGAAGAAUUUGUUCCUCCGCCACCUCCAGUGGAGAUGACCCCUCCAGAGGAAAAGAAGUUGCCUGCUGCAAAGGGUCCUCGUCUCGGCAUUUUGACCGGUGAUAUGGCGCUGCAUGAUAGUUACAAGGGCAGUAUGAACCAAAAGAUGUUGCCAGGAGAUGAAGAGUCAGAAAUCACGGAGCCCAACAUGAGGAUGAGCUUGAGCAUUACGGUACCCGUUUACCCGACUGUAGAUGGCAAUAUGGACGAAACCUUACGCCAAGUCCAGGCCGCGAGGCGAAAAACAAGGCAGAUCUUGGAAGAGGAGGAGCGCAUCCGAAAUUCGCGUUGGUUGAAGGCAAAACGACGUGCUAAAUACCUCAAAAACUUCAUUUUGCCAGAAAAGCCUCCGCCACUCCCGCCUCCGCCAAAAGUGGUAUUUUUGGAAGAUUUGGCCAAAGAGGAGAAGCACAAGUGCUGGAUCAAAGUGGCCACUCACUGGUACAGAGAUCCUGAAGAAAUCGCGGCAGCACAACGCCUGAAAGAGUCACUGGAACAGCGGGCCAGAGAACGCACCGGAGAUGAAGUGCCAGCCGCGAUAGAAGAUCAUCGGGCCAGAGGUGGAACAGGAGAAGUGCCAGCCGCGAUAGAAGAUGGUCCUGCUCCAGAACGAGCAGGUCCUGCAGGAGGCGAAGGAGGAGUAGGCGAGGCAAAUAGAGGCAUUCCGAGAGGCGAUGACGUUGCAGAAGCGAUGCAAAAAGUAGAGGAUGAACAGGGUCCUCAGGGAGCAGAAGGACAAGCACAACCGACCACAGAAGAGACUGGAGAUGAGGCGGUGAAACAAGAAGAUGCUGCUGAAAAGAGUCAAACUGGUGAUGUUCCAGAUGCAGAGAAGGGUGACAAAACAGCUAACGAUGCAGAGGAUCAUAGGUCUCCAAAAGACGAAGCGGAAGGGAAGGGAGACGAGGGUUCCGCAGGAACACAAGACGAAGGAGUAGCACCACCAAAGCCGCAGCCGCCGCAUCAAGCGGAAGUAGAUGGAGCUGCGCCUCACCAGGAUGGCGAGGGCGGUGAAAACCAGCCAGAUGGGGAAAACAAGGCUUCUGGGGAAGCAGGAGACGGAACAGGUCCUCAAGCAGAAGAAGGAGAAGGACAAAAUGCUGAAACAAAGGAUCCUCAUCUUGUUCAAGAGAACCCACAGGAAGGUGAGGGUGAGGGCGACCAAGAUGAUUUACUCCCUGAGGACGAUGAAGAAGAGGAGGAAGCAGAAGAAGAUUUCGAUGAUGAUAUUGCCAGAAAAGUGAAGGAAAAAGCUGCCGAGCUAGCGCGGAAAGAAGCUGCCGAAGCUGCAGCAAAAGCGGCAGUUGAGGAAGAAAAACGUCAAGAGGCUCGCAAGAACGAGGAACAGGGUGUCUACUACUUUAAUCUCGUUACGGGCGAAUCCACAUUCAGUCGUCCACCGAAGAUCAGCGACGUGCGGAUUAUGGCAUGGACCCGCGAAUAUAUGGAUGUCGUUUCCCAAGGACCGCAGGUACUUAGUACAGAUCAUGGACUUUUUACAAUAACUCUGACACACAUGACACACAUGACAUGGUGCUCAUACUUCAUAGGGACGUGUAGACAGAUAAAUAAACGGAAACAAUGAAUAAAUCCACAACAUGACCUUGAAUGAUCAAUAAGUGUGGCCCCAAGAACUUGAACUAGCUUGCCUCGAUGAAUCAUGUUCAACAAUUCAAAAACCAUCAGGAGAGCGGCAUCAUUUACCGCUGCCGGCGCACUCUUCGAGAAAGAGCCAUGCCUUUAGACAUCAUGAGCGCUGAAGUGUUGCAGGGGCUCCAAACGUUGUACAAGGGAGACAACCCGAACUACAUCGCUCCAGGGGGAAAAUCAACGGUGGUCCGCGACCCUGCUGAGGCUCAGAAGCUGUUCGCGAUGCCGCUCACAGACUUGCUGAGCCAAAACAUGAAAACGAUAAAGAAGUACGUCCCUCCCAAGUCCUCCUUGGAUCCCGCUGACUGGGCUUUGGCUGGCUUACAGGGGGUGGCGGGAGUGAACAGCGGUAGCAUAUCAACCACAGGAGUACGGCGAGGUCCACGAGGAACGACAUUCGGCUUUUCAGGUUCGAUGAUGAGUGGUACGUCAGGAGGGGGUCACCGCUACAGUGUAGUAGCUCCGUCAGCCAUGGCCGCCGCAUCUAUGCUGGCAGAUGUGACUGCGACAACAACAAACGAUUACGAAGCUGGUACGACCAGAACCGAUGUGGACGAGGAGCUGCCCUCUCCAAUUUCUAGGCUGGACGCAGUCGCAGCAGAGACAACCUAUCAAUCAAAUGACGGGGAGGGGGUAGUAGAGGGUGAGGUUGCACAGAGAGGGGACGAUUUGGUGGACGAGGGUGUUCUUGAUGAACGGGAGGAACAAGAACGGGGCUUAGCAGUGGUCCCCCCAUCUCCUACGAUCUAUCGUUCUUUUGGUGGCCUUUCUUCGUCGCUCGACUACGAUGCAGUCCGAAGUAUGAAGCGGGUGCCGUUUGAGAGCACAAGAAGCCUGGAGAGCACCUACGGCCCUGACUUUACGCGGUUAUCCAAGAGGGACGGCACCUUGCGUGGCCCGAAUGGCGAGCUGGAUCCCUUAGCCAAUCCUUCACGGCUCUAUGGCGCCAAUCUGGCGAAAUUGAAUCGGUCCCAGGUUGUGAAGAAGAAGCAGAAAGCGCGGCUUCAGCAUCGGCAUUUGGCGCUGGCGCCAAAACGUAAUCAGGAAAGCUAUUUCGACGAGAACGGUCAACCAAUCAAGGAUCAGGAAGAUGCGCUCUUCACGCAAGAUGGGCCCACUGCGACUGAAGCUUCGCUACUACUAGAACAACAAAUGGUCCGGUUUGGAGCAGGUGGCGGAUCUAGUGACGCGGCGAGCUCAGGCUACGACUGCUCGCCACGCGGCAUGUCGCCUGGUGCCUCGAUGUAUUCGACAAGAGACAACUUCAACUUGUGGAGCAAAAGUUCGUAUGGUGCCUACGGCAGUUCCAACACCACUAGUGUGGUAAAGCUGCCCAACGCAGCAGCGGCCAGUGCAGUCGGUGUGAUCUCUUAUGGACGCGGGCGACGUCAUAACCCCGAUUACCGGUACGUGGGAGGCGACAAGCGCUACGAUUUCAGGUCGGAUGAGGGGACUUAUACAGCGUACGAGACCCGUGAGGACGGCGUCAUCCAAAAGAAGCCGCCAGGCGAGACCCCCUUGCACGCCUUUUUGAGAACGCAGUCCACUUUGUUGAAAGAGUCGCAAGAAAUGUCAGCAGGCUUUCCGAUCCGUGAUAUGCGCGCUUCGCGUGCUGCGUCGCUCUACACCGGCUCCGGCUCGCGGCAGGCCUCGCCGCUGGACGGAAUGACCGCGCGCAAGCUAGGCCGACCCAGUGGCGUCCUCGGCAGCAGCACCGACCGGCCUCUGUCCAAGAGCGAAAAGCGCAAGCUUUUUCCUUCCCCACCAGGCACCGCAGACCACGUACCGCAGAGUCUGCAGGACCGACUCGAGAAGCCCGUUGUUGCCAAAGGCCAGAAGCACGAGAUCGUCGGUGACAUGGGUCAUGGUGGUGGUGUGUUACGAGCCCGCGCCGACGCUGUGAAGAAGAUGGAACGCAAACUGUCGCAGCAGGAACGACUCAGCGUCUCACGAGAGACGUUCAUUUCGUCUAUGGGUGUCACAGAUGAUGCGAUGGACGAAAUGCAAAAGGUAAGGAUGGGAGGCUCAACAUCCGAUAAUUUUCCACCACGUGGUCCUGGACGAGGCAUGCAUCUUCCUGCUGGAACAGGUCUUCAGAACAGCUCCUACAUGUCAGGAAUGGACUCCCUCUACGGUGACCUUUAUAACGACUACGGACAUCAUGAGAAGAUGAACAACAACCUUCAUAACGCGAAUCAAGCGAUUCUGGUCGCGCGUGGUCGCCGCAUCGGCAUUCAAGGAUCGGAUCUGGACUUCUACGACUUGUCGGAUCCAGCAGUCUUCGGUCGUGGAGGCCCUGGACGGCACGUUUCCCUAGGAAAGUUCGGCACCAUCGACCUCGCACGACCUGUCGAAGAUACGCUUGUGAACGCUAUGGGGUGCACACAGGAUUCCCUCUACAUGCAUCCGAGCGACGUUCGGCCAGAGGGCGAAACCUCGCAGACGGACUUCAAGUACAAACGUGUAGUGCGCGAGUGGGGGAGGCCUCAGGCCGGAAGUGCCUCUAGUCCGGGUACGAAGCUUUUUGCAGGAGACUUCGCUUCGUCUUCCCCAACAGGGCAGAAAGGUGGCAGGAGUAUCUACACUCACAAUCACAACUACGGGUACCAGCGGGUAGGACGCAGUGUGGAGGGCAAACAAAUUGAGCGAGCGGUAGGGGUCAAUGUAGCCGGCGAACCGCCUCGACCAAGAAAACUCACGUCAAGCUUCUUCGCGGCCAUGCUUGGAUAUGGAUGAAGAGUUCCAUUUUGUGUCCAUUUUGGACAUUGCAGAUUCCGUAAUCUAUCAUGUUCCAUCCAACACGCACUUUUUUUCUUCUUACAGUGUAAAAAUACAAAUAACUACAUGUUGAAAUGAUGAGACGAAGCACCAUCGCUGCAGCAGGUUGUUGUCUUUGAAAUUCAGCAGCACUCAUGGUGCUCUUAUUCGAAAACAUCCGCUGCCGAUUGCGAUGCGGCUAGUGGAGCUUCAAGUUCGC